AUGGAAAGGAAACCUGCUGACCAGCUGCUGUGCGACAGCCUCAUCCUUUGGUUGCAGACAUUUAAUAUUGCUAAAUCCUGCAGAGAAGUACAGGACUUAACAAAUGGUGUAGCACUGGCACAUGUUCUUCAUGAAAUCGAUCCUGCCUGGUUUGACAAAACUUGGCUAAGCCGUAUUAAAGUAGAUGCUGGUGAAAGCUGGAGAAUAAAGGCUAGCAAUUUGAAGAAGAUUCUUCAAGGAAUUAUGGAUUAUUAUCAUGAGUUUUUGGCUCAGCAAAUCUCAGAAGAUCUUCUUCCUGAUUUAAACCAAAUCUCUGAACAUUCUAAUCCAGUAGAGCUUGGCAGGUUAUUGCAGCUCAUUUUAGGCUGUGCAGUCAACUGUGAAAAGAAGCAAGAACAUAUACAAGUUAUAAUGACACUAGAGGAGUCUGUUCAGCAUGUCGUCAUGGCUGCUAUCCAAGAGUUAAUGAGCAAAGAGAUUUUGGGCUUUGUUGCAAGUGAUAUAUCCAGUGAUGUGGAGCAACAGCUGAAAAGAGCGGUGGAAGAACUUAAUGAAGUCAUUGCAGAAAAAGAAGAAUUGAAGCAAAGAUGUCAAGAACUAGAUUUGCAGGUGGCUGCCCUUCAAGAGGAAAAAUGCAGUUUAAUGUCUGAAAAUGAGAUAAUGAAUGACCGAUUGGAUCAGUUAGAUGGUUCAUUUGAUGAUACAAACACAGCAGUUGCCAAAAAGUAUUUUCAUGCACAGUUACAACUAGAACAAUUACAAGAAGAAAAUUUCAGACUUGAAACUACAAAAGAUGAUUACCGUGUUCAUUGUGAAGAGCUUGAGAAACAACUGAUAGAACUGCAGCAUCGAAAUGAUGAACUGACGUCUCUGGCAGAAGAGUCCCGGGCUCUGAAGGAUGAAAUUGAUGUUCUUAGGACUGUUGCUGAUAAAACAAAUAAAUUGGAGUCGACUGUUGAGGUGUAUCGCAAAAAGUUGGAAGACUUGAAUGACUUUCGGAGACAGGUGAAAAUACUUCAGGAAACAAACAUGAUGUAUAUGCAUAACACAGUUAGCCUAGAAGAAGAAUUAAAGAAAGCAAAUGCAGCUCGUACACAGUUGGAAACUUACAAAAGGCAGAUCCAGGAACUUCAUAGCAAGCUCUCUGAAGAAUCCAAAAGAGCAGAUGCACUAGCUUUUGAAAUGAAACAAUUGGAAGAGAAGCAUGAAACAUUAAUUAAAGAGAAAGAGAGAUUAAUAAUUCAACGUGAUGCAUUGAAAGAGACCAAUGAAGAGCUCAGGUAUUCACAAAUGCAGCAGGAUCAUCUGAACCAAACAGGUGUAUCUACUGUGAAAAGCCAUGAAAAUCUUGCUGCUGAAAUUCUGCCUGUGGAAUUUAGAGAAAUGUUCAUUCGGCUUCAACAUGAAAACAAGAUGCUUCAUUUGCAACAAGAAGGAUCAGAAAAUGAACAAAUUGCAGAGCUUCAAGAGAAGCUGGAACAAAAAAAUCGGAUGAUAAAUGAAUUAGAAACUGAAAACAGACUGAGCAAGGAGCAUCUUGGGGAGCUGCAGCAGCAGAUUGAAGACCUUCAGAAAUCCUUGCAGGAACAAGAGUCCAAGUCAGAAAAAGAAAGGUCCAGUCAAUUGAAGCAGAAGAUAGCAGCCCAUAUGGAGAAAUUAAAUGAAGUCCAUGAGGAACUGCAGAAGAAGGAAGCUCUUCUUGCAGACCUUCAACCAGAUUUAAAUCAAAAUGCACAAAAAAUAGAAGAAUUAGAAGCUGCUUUGCAUAAGAAAGAUGAAGAUAUGAAAUCAAUGGAAGAGAGAUAUAAGAUGUAUUUAGAAAAAGCAAGAACUGUCAUAAAAACUUUAGAUCCCAAAUUAAAACCAGCAUCUGCUGAAAUAAUGUCGCUAAGAAAACAGUUGGCAGAGAAAGACAAAAGAAUAGAAACACUUGAGGGUCAGUGUAAAUCAGCCAGGAUUCAGGAGCAUGAAGAAAAGUUAAUUGUAUCUGCAUGGCAUAACCAGAGUUUAGCAUUUCAUAAACUAGGAAUGGAAUCCAGACUUUUCAGUGGAAAUACCAUCUACAGGGAUGGUCAUUCAUACCCACCUGCACAGUCUUUCCUUGCUCAACAACGGCGACUGACCAACAGCCGAAGGAAUCUCUCUGUUAAAGCACCACCUACAUCGUCAGAUUAAGUCAUAGAAGAUAGUCUACCCUAAAGUGUCCUUAAUUUAUUUCAUUAUUCCUGUUUUAAAAUGUCAGACAAAAAAUAAACUAUGAUGCAGGACAUCAGCUCUUUUACAAAUGGGAUCUAUCUGCUGCUAAAUCUAAUUAAGGCAGAUGAUAAGAAACAAAAAACAUUUAAUGUUUCCUUUGGGAUUUUGAAAAGAUUGGGGAUAUGUUUAAAAGCACAGUUCUUAAAGGAUUUAUAUUUGUUAUCAUUCUAUAUUGUACUGUAUAUAAAGAUAUGUAAAUUGUCGUAUUUAAAGUUUUACUUUUAAGGUUCUCACUCCAGGUUAAUCACUGGUUUUAAUAGGAAUAUUUUUGAUUAGUGAUAUGUUUGCACAGUUCUUUUUCUUUAAAGUUAGUUUAUUCUUUAAUAAGAAUGGUUUUUAUUAGUGAUGGGUCUACACAGUACUUUUUAUUUAAUAUUAGUUUAUUCUUUAAAUAGCAACACUAAAACUGGAAAUUCAUGAAUAUUCUUCAAGAUUCAUGGCAAGCAGUUGCUCCCAUAUUCCCAAAAGUAGAAUGAAAUAAUUGAUUUAAUCAGUAAAGCUGUAAUCCUACUGAGUUCUCCCCAAGCCCUUCUUCCGUUCAGCAAAAAGUAAUUAGAUUUAGAAUAACUUGACCAUUAUCUUAUUACAUAUAGAUGUUUUUUUUCUUAGUAGUUGAGUUUGUUUUGGAGGUUAGUUUUUAAAAACCAUGACACAAAGUUGAUCAAGACAAGAGGAACUUCAAUCACACGAGUGUUUAUUGAAGGAAUGAAAUUUAUGUUUGCUUUCAAGAUCUUUUACAUUUUCCAUUUAAAGGAAAUGUACAUAUUCAAAUUAAACACACUGGAAGGGGUGGAAAUUAUUCUAUUUGAAAUUGAACUAUAAUGCAAUACAAUCUUGAACCCAUACACCUCAAGUAAAAUGAAGCCUAUAAGCUGGGAUUUUUUAAUAAUAUUUUUUGUAUUGUUGGGCACCAAAUUUAUAAUUGAAAUUAUAAUGAUAGUUUUACUAUUUUUGCAUUUUAAAACUGGCUUGAGCAAAUAACUUCAGUAUCAAAUGGUUUUGUGUAGAUACAAUACCACAAGCCUGAUUGCAGGUAGUCCUCACUUAAUGAGGGUCAUUAGAACUGGAAUUUUUGUUGUUACGUGAUAUCAUAGUGCAAUGUCAUAUGACUGCCACUUUGGUAACCACGCUCCCUGGUUACCAUCAUUAAAUGAGCACUAUGCGGAUCAUUAAGCGAGAGCCCCACGUAAUUACAGCUUUGAACUUCCUGCUGCCUUUUCUAUUGACUUUGCUUGUAAGAAGCCGGUAGGGAAGGUUGCAUAUUGUGAUUGCAUGACUGCAGACGGCUGCAAAGGUAAAAAAUUAAAGCCGGUUGCUGAGCACCCAGAUUGUGACCAUGUGACCACGAGGGCACUGCAAUAACAGGAACUUCAAAGACUGGUUAUAACUGCCACUCAUUUAGCACUGUUGCAAAUUCUAGUGGUCACUGAAUGAAUGGUCAUUUGGAACAUUUUUGUUUCAUAUUAAACAGAAUAAAAUCGAUAGCAUUGCAACAGGUAUAACGACUCAGGAAUAAAUCUUGAUGAAUUCAGUGGCAUUUAUUUUCAGACAAGUACAUAUACAGUUGUAAUUAUAUGUAUUGUCAAAGAAUUUCAUUUCCCUCCCCCCAGUCUAUGGUCCUCAGCAUUUUAUAUGUUUGUUGAUUGUCUCUUGGAUUUUCUUUGGUUGCAUUCCAUUUUCUUCUUUGGGAUUUGAUAGUUCUCAGAGGCUGUUUCAUUCCUUGUACUAGCCAACAUGCACUAGACCACAAUCUUGCUCAAGUAAGUUUCAGUCACAAUAAUGUGUAUUGUGGCGACAAACCAUGAUUACUGUUGGUAAAUAGAGUUGUAUCUAAUUUUAAGAAUGAAAAGAAAUAUUAAAAACUUGAAGUUCAUCUUACUGGAAGCAAGAAACUUAAAAUAUUUAUGACUGACUAUCAUCAAAAGCUGUUGCAUUAACCAGUUGAGGUGGAUAAAGGUCUCACAGUUAUGUUUUGGCCAGUAUAGUUCUGCUGCUUAACUAUUGCAAAUCUUUGUAUUAUAAAGAACCAGGAGAAACAGCAUUUUAGUAGUUCAGAAUUAUAUCUCUACUGUAACUUGAUCCAAAAGCAUAGUUUUAUAGAAACAAACUAAUUUUUAUUUUUUUCAAAAUCCAUCUAAUGGAAAACUUGAGU